AUGCUCAUUGGGACAGGCCUUCAGAGAAAUGCUCAUGGAGAGGAGGCUGAGGAGAUUAUACAAAAAGGAAGUAAGAUUAUUCCCUGGGAACGAUUUUCUUCAGAGAACCUCACCACAGUCAACGAAUUUCUGUUGCUUGGAUUCUCCAGUCUCCAGGAAAAGCAGCUUGUACUUUUUCCUAUCUUCCUUUGCCUCUACCUACUCAUCCUUUGUGGGAAUAUCAUCAUUGUCACUGUCAUCUGCCUAGAGCACAGCCUCCACAUUCCCAUGUACUUUUUCCUAGGGGUCCUCUCUGUCUCAGAGACCUGUUAUACAUUUGUUGUCUUGCCCAAGAUGCUUAUCAAUUUGUUCUCUGUGCUCAGGACCAUCUCCUUCACUAGCUGCGCUAUCCAGAUGUUCUUCUUCCUUGGCUUUGGUGUCACCAACUGCCUACUCCUUGGUGUGAUGGGUUAUGAUCGCUAUGCUGCCAUCUGUCACCCUUUGCGCUACCCAAUCCUCAUGAACUGGAGGGUUUGCAGAUUGUUAGCAGCCUCUUGUGGAGUGAGUGGCUUCCUAAUCUCAUUGAUAGGCACAACUUUGGUCUUCAUUUUACCCUUCUGCAACUCCAACAAGGUUGAACACUACUUCUGUGAUAUUUCACCUGUUAUUCACCUUGCCUGUGGUGAUGCUCAUAUCAAUGAGCUCAUCAUAUUCAUCUGUGGCAUCCUGGUGCUCGUAUUCCCUCUGUCCUUCAUCUGCAUCUCCUAUGGUUUCAUUAUUAGCACCAUCUUGAAGAUUCCAUCUGCUGAGGGGAAGCGGAAAGCUUUUUCUACCUGUGCCUCCCAUCUCACUGUGGUUGUAGUCCACUAUGGAUGUGCCUCCUUUGUCUACCUACGGCCCACAUCCAGGAUCACAUCAAGUAAAGACCAGUUGGUGACAGUGACUUACACCAUUGUCACUCCCUUGUUGAACCCCAUGGUUUAUAGCCUAAGGAAUAGGGAUGUCCAGCUAGCCAUCCGGAAAGUUUUUGUAGGAAAUCCAGUUUCUACAAAGUACAGCAUGGAGGAGUUAGAAACCUCAAGCAAAGUAACGAGGCUACAUGUCUGGCUUUAA